AUGGAUGCCACUACCACUACGACAACGACGACAACACAUAACAACACGGCCAAUGCUCAAGAACCACCCACUUUUAUCAGCCAUCCAAGAGUACCAACAAGCGCCUUUGGCCCGGCCACUAUCACUAUCAUUGUUGCCUUGGUCCUGAUCACAUGUUGCAUCCUUCACUGUCAUCGUGUACAAUACACUGUUCGUUCCCGGAGGUGGAUGAAGACCACAUCACCAUCCACUGUCGUCGCUCACAAUACAUCAUCAACAGCAACACCACUACCACUACCACGAUCCAAUCAUAAUAGUAAUCCACAUUUUGCAUUGCAGCAGCAUGGUGAACAAUGGGAUGAUGAGAAAUAUCAACAACAGCAAGCUAUACAGCAACCACAACCUGUCAUGAUUAAAUCACACGGAUAA